AAAGCGAUGUCGGUAGAUGCGGACGACCCCGACGGAGCCCAAGACGAUGCACAUUCUGCCAUCAGCGGUACAACUGGCGCGCCAUCCGAGUCCAAUCCUGAUACAGAAAUCCCACGCCCAUCGAGUCAACCAGUAUCCACCUUGAGUAUACCUACAGAUCGGAAUGGGAAGAAGAGAACCGUCUCCAGAAGCCAGCGCUUUAAAAAUGCCUUCAGCUCGGACAAAAAGAAUGCCAACCGGGACCGGGCCUCCUCGACAUCUGGCGAGAGCUGGAAAAGCACCAGUCGAAGGAGUAGCCUGUCGUCGUCGAAAAAGGCUCCGAAUAUUACCACCGCACCUCCACCACCGGUUCCCAAUAUACCCAAGCCGAUUCGUACAGACCUGACGGAGGAUAAGUCUCGAUAUUCGCCUGAAGCUCCUCGCGUCCAAACCCCCCCGCACACCGCCGUCCCAGCCCCGCAAGCCAUAGUCACCCCACCAACUCCUCAAACUGAACGUCGCAUGAUUUUCGGCUCUCCAGAUGUUACGCAGUCGCCGGAGUCCCUGGAGUCCAAAGACUUGCUUCCUGGCAUCGUUGUAAGCCCUUCUGGAAACAUGAUAUCUCAUCGUCGCGUCCGCUCUGCUUCUGCCGCAAAUCAUAAACCAAGCAAGCUGUCUAACUCCAUUGCUGCGAGUCCGACUAUCGACGAAGCGAAGUCUGCGAAAACACCGUCUGGUACCUCACAGAGUGGCUUCUUUUCCUCCGUCUUUUCUGCAGCGCAGAGCGCAGCAUCCACCCUCACCAACAGUCUCAAUGCGCCCAAAAUUCGUAGCCCUGCCAUAGCCGAAACCAAAGAAUCAGAAAACCUACCAUCCCAGGGUGAGCCCGACGGUUUUGAAACCGCAGCUCCAAGCCAACCAGAAGAAAAGAAACCGUUGGCAGUGGACACUUUGGGUUCCGGAGACUUGAACUUUAGCCAUCUUGAUAUUGCUCUCCCACCGGGUGGGUCCGUGUCGACGCCAGAUGGAGUCGUCAUCACGAAGCCUGAUAUGCCAACGGAGAAACGCAGAAGCCCUACUGUCACUCAGCGAGAUGAAGAGGCUGCAAGACUCGAGGAUAGACGUGCUGCACAUGCAGUCACAAUGGCAUAUGAAAAACCGGCUGAUAUUCCAGUGAGCCCACCUACUGAUGACCCCCUUGAAGCACAACCCGGCUUGCCUCUUGCAAGAGAGCCUACUGGUGCGCAGACCCCUCCUGGUGGCAGCGUUCUGGAUGGAGAAUUUUCAACGAGGCCGUAUCGAAGCGGUAGCGUACGAAGUCGGCUGGCCCGACGACGCCACCGAGGUUCUUCUGGGGCCACCACUUCAACAAUUGGCGCAAUUGGCGCAAGUGCUAUCGCUUUAGGUGCUCCAGGUGCUAACGCUAGCAUGCCACGACUGACGGGAUUCGCCGUGGCCAGCAAAAAGCGCAAUAGGGACUUUCAUCAGCUAUUCCGCAGUGUCCCUGAAGAUGAUUAUCUGAUUGAGGAUUACAGUUGCGCCCUUCAACGAGAGAUCAUCCUCGCGGGACGAAUCUACAUCUCUGAAGGUCAUAUUUGCUUCUCAAGUAAUAUCUUAGGUUGGGUCACCACCCUCGUCAUCAGUUUCGAUGAGAUCGUAGCGGUUGAGAAAGAAUCAACCGCAAUGGUUUUUCCAAAUGCGAUAGCUAUUCAGACUUUGCAUGCUCGCCACACUUUCAGGUCUCUCCUCAGUCGCGAGUCGACUUACGACUUGAUGGUCAACAUCUGGAAGAUCAAUCACCCCGCCCUCGAGAGCUCUGUGAAUGGUACCAGGGUCGCCGAUGGCACCGGUGACAAAACCGAGAAAGCUGAGGAGAGCGAUGAUGAGAGCGAGGAGGAAGAGGACGAGAUAUACGACGAGGAUGAGGAGGAAGAUAACGCCGACAGCUUUUUCGACGCUGCACUCGAGAGUGCUCGUGCAAGUGACUUGUCACUGCCCACUAAAGGCCUCCCUCGAGUGGGCUCCGGGCCCAUUUCAACAACCCCAGCUCCAUCCGGCGCCAACGGUAGUUCCAAAGGCGGCAAGAGUGGUAAUUCGGAUGGUGACUUCCCGGGCCCAGCAACUCACUCGCCAACUGAGUAUACUGAGUCUGGUGCCCAGUAUGACAGAGUGGUUAAAGACGAGAUAAUUCCCGCGCCUCUUGGUAAAGUCUAUUCUUGCGUGUUUGGGCCAGCCUCGUCAACGUUCAUGCCGAAAUUUCUCGUCGACAACCAGAAGUCCGGUGAACUCGAUUUCGAUGCCGAAAAGACAGGUCUCACAAACGAUAAUCGAACCAGAAAAUAUUCGUAUAUCAAACCCCUGCCUGGCUCCAUUGGUCCCCGGCAGACUAAGUGCAUCAGCACAGAGCAGUUGGAUUUCUUUGAUCUAGAGAAGGCGGUCCUCGUGACGCUCAGUACUCAAACUCCCGAUGUGCCAAGUGGCAAUGUUUUCUGUACCAAGACAAAGUAUCUUUUCACAUGGGCGGCGAACAAUCAGACGCGCUUUCUGAUGACAUGUACAAUCGAGUGGUCGGGAAAGAGUUGGCUGAAAGGUCCUAUCGAGAAAGGUGCUAUGGACGGUCAAACAACGUUUGGAAACGAUCUAAUUACAGCUAUCAAGCUCGCGGUCGCCCCGCGCGGUCGUGCAUCCGGUGCCAAAAGCGGCACUAAAGGCAAAGGACGCCGCAAGAAGGGCGAGCUUGUUACCGAAGAGACCUCGGCCACCGUUUCACAGGCAGUUAAUGAUGCUAGCGCACAGAAGGCUGAAUCUUGGGGUGUAUUUGGACCACUUCGUCCAUUUCUCGGUCCAAUAUCCAGCAUCUUCAACCCUUUGUGGAAUGGGAACACAGCCCUUCUGGUUAUUGUCGUUCUACUCUUUAUGCUCAUCUUCCGUGGGCCUUCCAGUCCGCCUGCGAUGUCGUAUGAUAUCUCAUACCCUGCUUAUACCUUGCCUCAGCGUCUAGCAGCUUACGAAGAGAUGUGGCGCAGAGAGGAAAGUGAGUUGUGGAACUGGCUAGAAGAUAGGGUAGGGCUUGAUGGUCUAUCUUACCCAGCUGUGCACAAAGCAUCCGAGCCCCGAAUGCCACAGAAGAGUGGUCGAAGGCCUCAAAGUGAGCGGGAUCUGAGAGACACGCUAAGCGAGGAGAACAUGUCCGAUCGUGAGAUGAACCAAGCGAUACGAACCACCCGGGAAAGAUUAGAUGCUCUGGAGAAGAUAUUGAACAAGCGCAAUGUUAAACCUCCCACAGAGACAGAGACUCUUCGCGAGGAACUAUAAACGUUUCUCCCAAAAACAUAACUCCCGGCAUCCUCCCAAUGCGGAGAGAUCCCACCGUCCCCUCAAAUGGGCAACACACAUUUACCGAGCCUAUAUGUCAUUCCUUUUUUUUUUUUUUUUUUUU